AUGACAUUUCAUCAAGUUGAACAUCCGCUCUUGGUCAUUCCAGGACCGAUCGAGGUUAGUGAUGAUGUUUUGUUUGCUAAUGCAUCACCAUCUCAAUCACAUAUGUCAAAAAGUUUUACAGAAACAUUUGGAAAUACAAUUCGAAUGUUUCGACAAGUACUUGUUACGGAACGUGGACAACCAAUUAUUACAGCUGGUAGUGGUACACUUGGUUGGGAUAUGAUAGCAUCUAAUCUAACUGAGCCUGGAGAUGAUGUACUCGUAUUAAAUUCUGGAUAUUUUGGUCAAAGUUUUUCUGAUUGUCUUGAAGCAUAUGGUGCCAAAGUAACUCACUUAAAAGCACCAAUUGGACAAUUUCCAUCACGAGAACAAUUAGCUGAAGCAUUAAAAUUAAAGAAGUAUAAAAUGGUAACAGUUACACAUGUAGAUACAUCUACUGGUGUUUUAAGUAACCCACAAAUGGUGAGUGAAGUAGUACGACAAGUAAGUCCUGAUACAUUGGUAAUAGUUGAUGGAGUAUGUUCAGUUGGUAGUGAAGAAAUUCGUAUGGAUGAAUGGUCAUUGGAUGUAGUAAUGUGUGCUAGUCAAAAAGGUUUAGGUGUACCACCUGGACUUUGUCUUGUAUGUGUUAGUGAAAGAGCUAUUCAUUUAGUUGAAACACGUAAAACUAAAAUAAGCGCAUACUUUGCUUCUUGGCUCAAUUGGUUACCUGUAAUGCGUGGUUAUGAACAAGGCAAACCAGUAUAUUUUGCAACACCUCCAAUUCAACUUAUAUGUGCUCUUUAUACUAGUUUGAAAGCAAUUACAUCAAGACCUAUUGAAGAACGUUGGUCAAAACAUAAGGAAGCUAGUCUUGAUUUCAAACAAUUUGUGACAAAUGAACUUGGAUUAAAACAAGUUCCAAAUGAUCCAUCUGUUGCUGCCAAUAGUAUGACGGCUAUUUAUUUUCCUGAUGGUGUGUCAGCACCAGAUGUCAUUCCAAAACUAUUUGAACAUGGUAUAAUUGUUGCUGGUGGUCUUCAUAAAGAAAUUAAAGAUAAAUAUUUUCGUAUUGGACAUAUGGGUAUUACUGCUAUUGAUACAACUCGUCAUGAACUUGAAAAAGUCAAAGACACUUUAAGAAAUAUAUUCACUGCAAUUGGUCACGCAGCCAAAACUACUGAUUAA